AUGAAUCCACCAAAAAAAAACUUUAGAGAAAACUGUUUCAGAAGAGUUAGAGAAGAUAGGACUCGUUUGCUGUGGAAGUUGAGGCUCUCUGAUUGUCAAUCUUCUGAUCGAAAGGAGAUUAUCAAUUCUGCUUUCCAGGAUAUUGUAACUGACGAAUUGAAAAAAAUUGAGGAUUGGUCGAGAAACCUCUCGGGGAAUCAGACUGUAACUCCUGAUUCUGAUGAUAUAUUAUGGGAAUAUGAUGAGCAAGGUCUUAAAGAUGUUUAUGAAGGUGAUAGUGAAGAGAUUUUGUUGGAAAUGCAACAGAUAUUUUACAAGGAUUUGUGUUCAGAGACUACUACUACAGUAAAUGGAUCGUAUGUUCAGAACCAAACAUGGGAAGACGAGGAAGAUGAUUACUUGGCCACCUUGGUUUCUCACAAUAUGUGUUUAAAUAGUGAACUGGAGCUAAAACAGAUAUGGUGUCCGAUAUGCAAGAAAGGAAAGCUUAUGGAGAAUCACCGACACAUCUACUGCAACAUGUGUAAUAUGCAGCUGAACAAAGGCCAAGAGGUUAAUCUGGACAUUCUGCAAGAACGGUUAGCAGAAGCGCACGCUGAGCAUCUCGAGGGAGGAUGCAGAUUGAAACCCGAGUUCAGUGUUCAGACUAACUAUAAUUUGAAGGCGUUAUACAUAACAUGUGAAGCUUGUAAUACAUUUGAGGUUGUUGUAUAAGCUAUUAAUAACUUCAAAAGAGAUGGGUUCACAUAAUUUUUCCUGUAUAUAACUCCCGGAGAUCAUUAGGCACGGUGGAAUUCUGCAAAUGUCGCUUAUUAACCUUA